GCAGCAGAAGAAAAGCAUCCUGCGUGGACGGUCUGAGCAGACUCGCUUCUUCUGGCUGGACAUGGAGGAUCUGAAAGAAGAUGUCAAGUUCAUCGUGGAUGAGACCUUGGACUUUGGAGGGCUGUCCCCAUCUGACAGUCACGAGGAGGAAGACGUCACAGUAUUGGUGAGUCCGGAGAAACCCCUUCGAAGGGGCCUCUCCCACAGGAGUAACCCGAACGCAGUAGCUCCCGCUGUUCAGGGUGUGAGGUUCAGCUUGGGCCCGCUCAGCCCAGAGAAGCUGGAGGAGAUCCUCGAUGAAGCCAACCGCCUGGCAGCCCAGCUCGAGGAGUGUGCCCUGCAAGACCGCGAGAGCGCAGCCGCAGGCCCUGCGAGGCCCAGCCCCAGAGGGAAGCCCAGCCCCCGGCGGGAGACCUUCGUCCUGAAGGACAGCCCUGUCCGGGAUCUGCUGCCCACUGUGAGCUCUUGGAGCACACCACCCCCAAGCAGCCUAACUGGACUCCGGAGCGGUGAUAAAAAGGGGUCAGCCAGGGCUGUUCGGGUGCCGGCUGGAAAGAAGCCCUCCAGUGUAAAAAAGGAAUCGCCCACGUGCAAUCUGUUCGCUGCAUCCAAAAGCCCAGGGCUCUCUCCUCUUGCACAGUCGACCCUCCCAUCCCGGCGGAAAGCUGGGCCCAGUGCAAGGAUGACAGCAAGCCCACCAGUCCCUAUCAGACCAGUCCUCGCUCCACAACCCUCAGCUGCCAGCUCUCAGUGUUCACCCCGGCUACAGGGAACAGCUGCCAGGUCUUCCAAGCGACUACCCGUCCCCUCAGCCAUCCCCAGGCCUGCCACCCGAAUGCCACCCACCAGUCGGAGCGUGCCACCUGGCAAAAGUGCACUACCUCCGGAUUCUCUCUCAGCUCGGAAAGGGCUUCCAAGUGCCUCGGGGCACAGAGCUCCUGUUUCCCAUCGAGCAAAUCUUCCAACCACCAGUGCUGCUCGGGGCAGGCUGCAGCCCCUCAGGAAAGCUGCAGUCCAGGGACUUACUAGGUAAGGUCAGGACGGCAAGCAAACAUCUACGAUUGAACCACUGCCAUCUUAGCCAUCAGAGACUGGACUCUCUUCCGCCAGCUGUCCCUGACUCCAGCAGAUUCGUGCCCAGAGAUGGGAGGAAGAGUUGCCUCCAGGGCUGAUCUCUGAAAUAGACACUAAGGAGGGUGGGGUGGGUUGAGCUUGAGGAGAGUCAAAUCCCACCCCUACCCCCACUCUGCCUGACCUGAAAGAAGAAGAGAGAAGCAGAGUCACCUGCCAGUGGAGAAAUUCUCAAAAUGAGUGCAGGCAGAGUGACUUGUCUGUCUCCUUCCAUCCUGUGGUCAGCCCUAGAGAGCUUGACCUUCUGCCUAGACCAUGGUUCACUGGCUGUUUACACGUGAGUGCCUACGGAACCAGCCAGCCUCCCAACUCUCUAAGACGGGUCUUCCUGAAUUGUUUCCUCCACUGGAUUCUGGCCUGUCUGGAGAGGCUGAGUGGGCACCUGCUGUGCAGAGCUUAGUCCCUGUGAAUCCUGUGAAUCCUUCACAGGCCAAUCUUACUUA